AUGCAAAAAGGCUCCCUGAACCUCCUGAGGCAGAAAUGGGAAUCCAGCGAUUACCAGAAAAGUGAAUGCUGUCCCGGAGGGAGCCAUUGCAGGCUCUUCCAACACCGAGAAAGGAAAUUGCUUGAACCUGAAGGAGAGCUAGUGUCAGCUCCUGGAUCUCCAGAUCCCCCAAGUCAGCCUUGCAGUAUAGAAGAGAUGUUAAUCUCAAUCCCAGACAAGGCUCUUGAGGACAAGAGUGACAAUUCCCAGAGAUAUGGCCAAACUGAAGUGUUGAAGGAGGAUUCCGUGAGCAGUCGACGCAGGAUCGAGCGCUUCUCCAUUGCUCUUGAUGAGCUAAGGAGUGUGUUUGAAGCUCCUAAGAGUGGAACCCGACCAGGUGGAUCAGCUGAGUAUGGCCAAAAGGAACUGGAAAUUGAGAGAAAUGUGUGCUCACCAACAUAUAAGAGACACCCUAGGAGCCAGUCUGAAGGUUCUGUGAAAGACUCAGACAAGAAAAGCGGGGAAACAUCUUUUGACAAGAUGCCAUCUGAAAGUGGUCACAGUGCUAUCUUUGAAGCUACUGUUGACCCUAAUAAGCCUGUGAGUGGAUUUGAAGACAGUACUGCACGGAGCGAGGGUCUGUCAGACCUCCCGGAGGUGGUCUCCUUGAAGGAGCGGAUGGCGAGGUAUCAGGCAGCUGUUUCCAGGGGAGACUGCCACAGCUUCUCUGCUAAUAUAAUGGAGGAAUCAGAAACAUGCACUGUGCCUGGUGGUUUGGCCAGGAUGAAGAGACAAUUUGAGAAGGAUGAAAUUGCUUCUUCCAGCAAUGCCUUUUCUCACUACCAACACCAGCACCAGAACAGAUCUGAGCAGGAGGUAAUUGGUAUCAGCCAGGUCAACAUUUCAAGAAGCAGCCAAGAAAUGGAAGAAAAGGAACAAGAAGCUUCUAAAACACAUGACAUAGAAGUUCUUGGAAGAGAAAUGAUUUCUCACCAUGAAAAGCACAGCCAGGAAACAAACCAAGCUGCUUCUCACUUCCAUCAAUAUGUUCAGGAAACAGUCAUUGAUACACCUGAGGAUGAAGAUAUUCCAAAGGUUUCAACUAAGUUUUUAAAAGAACAAUUUGAAAAAUCUGCCCAGGAAAAGGUCCUUUAUUCUGACAAAGAAACAACAAUCCCAACCAAGCAGAUUAAGAUUGAAAGUGAAUAUGAAGAUACUUUAAAGCCUUCUUCAGUUGUGGGUACCUCUUCUACUUGUGCUACAACCAGCCAGAGAAAGGAAAUCUCAACUACAAGAUACCGUAACCAUCAUGUCACUUCCUCAACUCUGACACAAGUUAAUCCCACUCCUUCUGAAAAAAUGGAAGAAUUUCCUCCUCCCCCACCUGAAGUACUUCAAACUCCAAUAGAUGCGACAGCAUUUUCCCAGUCCCCUGAAUUGCCUAAUCCUGCUAGAAGACCACUAGUCACCAAAGAAUUAUAUUCCAAGCAAAGGAAUUUGUAUGAGUUAAACCGUUUAUAUAAACACAUCCAUCCUGAAUUAAGAAAAAACUUGGAAAAAGAUUAUAUCAGUGAGGUUUCUGAAAUUGUUUCUAGUCAAGUGAACCCAGGGUGCUCAAUUUCAGCAGAUGUACAACAAGCUCUAUCUGUUUUUGAAAAUACAAAUGACAGGUCUCAGAAAGAUCUAAACACUGGAAGAGAACACAUGGAGUGGAAUGAAAUUUUGAAGGGAGAAGUGCAGUCCAUGAGAUGGAUCUUUGAGAAUCAGCCAUUAGAUUCCAUCAAUAAUGGCUCUCAAGAUGAAGGCAGCAUCCCAAAGAGCAUCGCUGAUCAAGAAAUCAUUGCUGGUGGUGAUGUAAAAUAUACCACAUGGAUGUUUGAAACCCAACCCAUAGAUAGGCUGGGGUUUCAUUCUUCUGGCACGGAAGAAAAUGCUGAGAAAAUUCCUGAGCUAGCUAGAGGAGAUGUGCGCACAGCCAGGUGGAUGUUUGAAACAAAGCCAUUAGAUGCACUACACAAAAUGCAUCAAAGUCAAGAAGAAUCAGAAGAAACAACCAUUAAGGACAUAACUGGAGGAGAUGUCAAGACUGUGAGAUACAUGUUUGAGACUCAACAUCUAGAUCAGCUUGGACAGCUUCAUUCAGUGGAUGAGGUUCACUUACUGCAACUCAGGUCUGAGCUCAAAGAAAUUAAAGGAAAUGUGAAGAGAAGUAUAAAAUGUUUUGAAACUCAACCUUUAUAUGUUAUUAGAGAUGGUUCAGGUCAAAUGCUGGAAAUUAAAACUGUUCACAGAGAAGAUGUUGAAAAGGGCAAUGUGAGAACAGCACGUUGGAUGUUUGAAACACAGCCCUUGGACACAAUUAAUAAAGAUAUCACAGAAAUUAAAGUUGUCCGAGGGGUAUCUGUGGAAGAAAACUUCAAAGGUGGGGUGAGCAGGGCAAAGUGGUUAUUUGAAACGCAACCAUUGGAAAAAAUCAAAGAAGACACAGAGGAAGUAAUCAGUAAAAAGGAAAUGAUAAUAGGUGCAGAUGUCUCCAGAAAGUGUUGGAUGUUUGAAACCCAGCCAUUAGACAUUCUAAAAGAUGUUCCUGAUACAGAUCCUCUACCACCUGAGGAGAUAAUAGGGGGUGAUGUGCAAGCUACUAAACAUCUAUUUGAAACACUUCCAAUGGAGGCUUUAAAAGAUAGUCCUGAUGUAGGAAACCUUCAAAAAAUUAUUGCCUCUGAAGAAGAAAAAGGGGAUGUUAGGCACCAUAAAUGGAUUUUUGAAACCCAACCUCUAGAAGAGAUUAGAGAAGAUAAAAAAGAGUAUACGAGGACAGUGAAACUUGAAGAGAUUGACAGAGGAGAUGUAAGAAGUUACACACAUAUUUUUGAAUCAAACAAUUUAAUUAAAUUUGACCCAUCACAUAAAAUAGAGGUGGAAGGAGUCACAAGAGGUGCUGUAGAGUUAAAUAAAUCUCUCUUUGAAACAACACCACUGUAUGCCAUUCAGGAUCACCUAGGAAAAUAUCAUCAAGUAAAGACUGUCCAGCAAGAAGAAAUCCUAAGAGGUGAUGUAAGAAGCUGUAGGUGGCUUUUUGAAACAAGGCCCAUUGACCAGUUUGAUGAAAGUAUUCAUAAAUUUCAAAUAAUAAGAGGAAUAUCUGCUCAAGAAAUACAGACUGGAAAUGUAAAAUCUGCUAAAUGGUUGUUUGAAACUCAACCUCUUGAUUCAAUCAAAUAUUUUAGUAAUGCGGAAGAAAUAGAAAAUAAAACUGAACAAGCUACAGAUAUUGUUAAAGGGGAUGUCAAAACCUGUAGAUGGCUUUUUGAAACACAGCCAAUGGAGUCUCUUUAUGAAAAAGUUUCAUUAGUGAGUGGCAGUGAAGAGAUUCAUAAGGGAGAUGUCAAAACCCGUACUUGGCUUUUUGAAACUCAGCCACUUGAUACCAUAAAAGAUGAUUCUGAACCAUCAGUCAAAUUGCAAACUGUAAAACAGGAGGAGAUCCAAGGUGGAGAUGUUCGUACAGCAUGUUUUGUUUUUGAGACAGAAAAUUUGGACAGUAUACAAGGAGAGAAAGGAAAGGAAACCAAGCCUGUGGAAAUGGAUAUACAAACUGGAGAUGUUUCCAGCAUGUGGUAUAAAUUUGAAAAUCAGUCAUUAGAUUCCAUAAGUUCCAGUUCAGAAGAAGUUUUGAAAAAGAUCAAAACUCUAAAAACUGAAGAUAUUCAAAAAGGUAAUGUUUUAAAUUGUAGGUGGCUUUUUGAAAAUCAACCAAUUGAUAUGAUAAAAGAAAGCCAAGAAGGUGAUGAGUUACUUAAGACAGUGACAGACAUACAAGGUGGGGAUGUAAGAAAGGGCUGCUUUAUUUUUGAGACUUUUUCUUUGGAUAAGAUUAAAGAAGAAUCUGAGUAUGUCAGCAGCAAGGAAACAAGUACUGAAGAAGUAAUGAAGGGCAACGUGAAAAGCUACAGAAUGCUGUUUGAAACUCAGCCACUCUAUGCAAUCCAAGACCGAGAAGGGUGUUAUCAUGAAGUGACAACUGUUAAAAAGGAAGAGGUAAUUCACGGAGAUGUACGAGGGACAAGGUGGCUUUUUGAAACAAAACCAUUAGACUCAAUUAAUGAAUCUGAUACCGUGUAUAUUAUUAAAUCUGUCACACAAGAAGACAUUCAGAAGGGAGAUGUUAAUUCUGUCAGAUACAGAUUUGAAACAAAGCCAUUGGAUAAAAUCUCUGAGGAAUCACAUGAGAUUGUGCCCACCAUUGACUGUAUUCAAGGUGGGAAUGUAAAAACCAGCAAACAAAUAUUUGAGUCUGAAAAUGUCUAUAAAAAUACAUCUAUAAGAACAGUAAGUGUUAAUGAAAUACAAAAGGGCAAUGUUAAAACAUCUACUUGGCUAUUUGAAACCCAUACUUUAGAUGAACUGAGAGGAGAAGAGUCAGAAUAUGAAAAUAUCAAGACAGUCAUCAAGGAAGACGUGCAGAAAGGUGAUGUCAAACAGGCAAUAUGGCUUUUUGAAAAUCAAUCUUUAGAUUCUAUUAAGGAAACAAAUGAGAGCAUCACAAAAAUAAUUAAGGAAGAAAUUCCUGCUUGUGAUGUCAAGACAACUACAUGGCUCUUUGAAACAACACCCCUUCAUGAAUUUAAUGAAAAUAAGGUAGAAAAGGUGGAAAUUAUUGGCAAGAGCAUUAAAGAAACUUUAGAAGAACUCUACUCUCAAAAAGUUAUCGAGGCUCCUGGAAUCAUCAUUGAAGCCGAUGAAGUUGGGGAUGUCCGAAUGGCAAAAUACAAGCUCAUGAAUCAAGCAUCUCCUGAGAUACAGAAAGAAGAAAUUAUCAAGGGUGAUCUCAGAAAUAUAAUGGUAAAUCUACUUUCCAAAAGAGAUUGUACAAAAAGAGAGAUUAUUGUUAGUGAGGAAGAGAAGGGAAAUGUUAAUUUAACCAAAACUCAAUUACUAAACCAAUCAACAGAACUGCACGCUAAGAAAGAAGAGAUAGUGAAAGGAGAUGUACAACAAACAAUAAAAAACUUGUUCUCUGAGGAAAAAUCUGUCAAGAAAGGCAUUGUGAUUCAGGAAGAUGAAAGAGGAGAUAUUAACAUGACAAUCUAUUGUCUUCUUCAUGAAAAUGAUGGUGACACAAUUGAGCGUGAAGAAGUAAUAGGAGGUGAUGUAAAACGCACCAUUCAUAAUUUGCUGUCUUCCACAGCAAACAAUAAAAUAUCUGAAAGAACUAAAAUUGAUGCCUCUGAAAGAGGAAAUGUUCAGUUUUUUACAACAUGCAUAGAAACUGGAGCUUUGGAUUAUCUCAAACAACUCCAGGCAGGGUCAAAUGAAACACUGGCAGCUGAAAAACAAGAGGAAAAGGAAGAAAUAAUUGGCGGUGAUGUUGAGGGCACAAAACUGUUACUAAAGAAAAGGCAGUCUCAGAUUGAAUGUACUGUUAAUGAAACUGACAUCAUCCCAGGAGAUGUGCAUAAUACAGUUAAGAUUUUUACAACAGAGCCUCAGAGCACAUCUUGUAAGACAUCCAAAGAAGAAAUUAUAAAAGAUGAUUUGAAAUCAACCAGUCAGGCCAUAAAUCAGAAAACAGUGGGCAAGACAGAAGAAAUGAUAAAAGGUGACAUGCUGGCCACAAGCAAGUCACUUAAAGAAUCAAGUCACCAGUGGCUAGAAGCUAAACAGCCGGAUGUUAUCCCUUGUGAUAUUGAGCAGGCUAUUGAAAGGCUUGAAAAAGCUGCAAAGACAAGGACAGAAAUGCUGAAAAAGGAGCUUAUCCGAGAUGACCUUGAGACAUCAUUAAAGUCUCUGAAAGAAGCACAAAGCCCUUUCAAAGAGGUAGAUAAAGAAGGUGUAAUCAAGGAAGCUGUGCAAGCUGUAAUGGCAGGAGCCUCACAAGAGAAGAAAACAGAGAUGCACCAGGUGGAUGUCUACAGGGACAGAAAGAGUGUUUUUCAGCCAAUACCAGGACCAUUUGAAUCAGCAGCCAGGUGGCAAGGUGGCAAAGACACAGGCAAGCAAACUACUGGCAAAUCUCGUUAUGAUAAUUUAAUGGAAGAAAGAACUGAGAUUAAUCUUCCAAAAGCCCCCAAAGGCACUGUAAAGAUUGUCAUAGAUCGUGAACAAAACAAUGAUGCUCUGGAGAAAAGCCUUAGAAGGUUAUCUAAUUUACAUCACAAAACUACUGAAAAUGUGUUGGAAUCUGGAGAUAAAAAGGGUGCCUGGAUUACUGCUGCCAAAGAACAGCAUCAAAAAGACUUGCAUAUGAACCAACAAUUGACUUCAACUGUUUCUGGUAAGGAAAGCCUAAAAAUUAAGGACUCAGUGACAGUGAGAGAGCGGAAGAAGGAUGAUGUCUUUAACUCCCCCAAGUCUGUUAUUGAUAAAGUAGUUGAAAAGCAACAAAUGCAAACCUUCGAGCUGAGGGAUGACCACCAGAAAACUUCCUAUAUAAAUAGCCCUAUAAUGAACAAAAACAUGAAAAUACCGAUGGAUACACCUGGUGUCGAGCCCAGUCCUACCCAGCGCCCAUUCAACAGACCAGUUAGAGAAACUUGCAAAGUUACAGAGGACUUUCAGAAGCAAACUUUGUUAAAGCAAGAAAUGCAAUCUUCUAAGAAGGAUAUAAAGCAAAAAAACAUGAACCUUCCACCAGUGUGGCAGCUUGUGCCUGUAGAUCAAGACAUAUCAAAUGUUACAGAUGUGAAAUUCUCUGAAAAAAGCCACAGUGAAUUUAAAGCAACUGACAAAAAGCAGAAGACUGAUGGACAUCUGAAAAGCCAGGACUUUUUAAUGAAGACAAAUACUUCAAGAGACCUAAAGCUGGCAAUGGAAAAGUCCUUUAAUCCAAUCUGUUUUAACCCUGAGAAUGAUGUGAAAGAAAGUGAGUGUUCCCUUCCACCUCCAUCCCCACCUCCUCCUCCACCUUCUAAUGGAUCAUCUGAAAUCGAUUUUCCACUUCCUCCUCCACCUCCUUUAGUGGAGAUGGUGCCUGACAAAAGUAUGUUUCUUCCCUCACUGUCCACAGAGAAGAUAAAGGCUGAAUUUGAAAGCUUCUCAAGUCUCCCUCCUCCACCACCACCAGUACAUGAGAAAUCUGAGAAAGAAUGUCUAGCAACACUUUCACCCCUUUCCACUCCUCCAACUCUAUCUCAUAAGCCAGCCUGUCUUACCUCUUCUGUUCAAGAAAAGCUCAGUGGAGCAGUCAUUCAGCAAUAUUCCCAAGAAGAUGCCUCAAGCUCUGAGCAAACUCAUUCUCAGACAAAAACCAUGACAGGAAAAUCUGACAUACUUUUGCCACCUCCAACAUUACCCAAACCAAAAUUUUUCAAGCAGAAGCUGAUGGAAGAUAAAAAGAAUCCUCAUUUGCCAAAAGUUGAAUCAGCAAAUUUCCUAUCAGACAUAGAAUGUAAAACUACUACAUCAAAGGAUCAGAAAAGAGUGAUGAUGGCAGCUAGCAGUGAGCAUACAAAACCAGAACAGAAUAUUGUUAGAAAAAGUCUGGAUGAAAGAAAACAAUCAUCUAUUGAGUCACGAAUGUCUAUGUCACAUAGAGUUCCAGAAACUUCAGCACCCAAAGAAAAACAGAUAGCACCUCUUCAAAAAUCUCAUUCAUUUCCAGUGGGCUCAGGACCACAAAGUCCAAAACCUUAUUUAAGAAAAUUUAAGACUCCUUUAAUGAUCGCUGAAGAAAAAUACAGACAGCAAAGACAAGAGCUUGAAAAACAGAAACUUGAGAGUUCUUGCUACAAAAUAGUGAAAACUGAAAGCCAAAAUCAAAACAUGAUAGAGUUGGAAAAGGAGGUGCUGUUACAGAAAACAAAUGAGGACUUUCCUUCAGCUGAAAAGGGUUCAGAGAUUACUGUGGUCCAAUCCGAUCCAGACCCUCAAAGUAACCCUAAAGUAAAAGGACUUAGCACAGACAAUCAGCUCUUCACAACAUCAGCAGUGUCGGUAGCUGCCAAGAGGCUCCAACAUGUUUUAGCAACCUCAGAAGACAAAGAUAGCAUUAAAAAGGAUGUUUUAGAGAGUUCAUGGGACAUUAUGAAAUCUAACUCAGCUUGUGAUAUUCAACAGAAUCACCAAGAACAUGAGAGUAGCACACGAGAGAAAUAUCUGGAGCAACUGCAUUUAUUCCCAAACAAGCCAAGUCCCCCAAGUUCCAAAGUUAAAACCAUCAAGCUACCAACUUCAGAUUCUAAAUUAAAUGAAACAGACAGCAGCUAUGAAAACCAUAAAAAGCAAUAUGAAGUCAAUGUCCAAACCAUUACUAAACAACAGUAUCGGGAAAGUGAGAAAACUGAAUAUAGUAAUAAGCAAACUGUGGCUGAAAGAGAUUAUCAAUUACCUAAGAAGGAGAAAAAAGUGACAAAAAAUGUGCCUGCAGAACCUCUAGAGAAGAAUCAAGAAAGCAAGCUGGAUAUAGUUCACGAGAAGAGAAUAGAAUUGAGAGAAUCUCAGAGUGGAGACCUUCUGGGAAAUGAGGAAGAAAAUCAGGCACCACCUGAGAUGGGUCCAAAAGAAGAAAACCGAAUGAUGGAAAGAAAACAAGAACAUUUUAAGAACACAUCAGCACAGAAGGUAGUCAAGCAAAAAGUUACUGAUGCACAUCUUGAUUCACAGAAUCAGAGUUUUCAGCAAACAAAACUACAGGCUUCUGAAAGUAAUGUUGAACAUAAAAAAUUGUCCCAGCCAUAUAACAGUCUUCAAGAAGAAAAAUGUCUCAGAGUCAAGGACAUACAACAGAAACAAGUCUUCUCUAAUACUAAAGAUUCAAAGCAAGAGAUUACACAGAACAAAUCUUUAUUUUCCUCUGUGAAAGAAUCCCAGCAGGAUGAUGGAAAGGGUGCUGUAAAUAUAUGGGAAUUCUUGAGAAAACGGGAAGAACUACAGGAGAUUUUGUCUCGAGUGAAACAGUUUGAAGCAGAGCCAAAUACAAAUGGCAUUAAAACAUUUCAGACACUGUUAAAUAUUAUCCCAGUAUGGUUGAUAAGUGAAGAAAGAAGAAAGUAUGGAGUUCGCAUUGCCCUGGAGAAUAAUUUAGAAAAAAUAAAAGAAGAAAUAAUGCAUAUUAAAACUCAAGCAGAGAAUAUGCUUGUCUCCUCUGAGAAUAUAAUUCAAACAGCCAUGACAGCCUCUAAAGCAGGACAUCUGAGAUAUAAGCCCAAUAGUCUUAAUGAAACAUUGUCUAAAACGCCUAGUGUUAAUGUCAGUUGCAAGAAAAAUAGUGAGCAGAAGGAAAAUAAAAUUGUAGAAGAAAAAACAGCUCACCAUCCAGUAACAACUCAUCAUGAAGCAAAAACGGUUCAUGAUCAUGUGAAAAGUCAUCAGGAAACCAAACGAGAUGACAGCAAAAUUUCUCCCUCUUGUUUAAAAACACGACCACAGUCACCUACUUUUAUAACAAUUGAGUCUACUGCACGAAGAUCACAAACCCCAACUAAGGAUGAGCUUUCUCCAUCCCCUAAAAUGGACUGUUCCGCUCAACCACCACCACUAAGAAGGCCCAUAUCACAAACAUCUAUAAUUCACAGAACAAACACCUCCCCCUCCCCACCCAGAAGUCGCUCUGAACAACUUGUCAAACUCAAAGACACUACUGCCAAGUUAUCCAGAAGGCCUAUUCCAAGUCCAUCAGUGACUCCAGUUCCAAUUGUAGAGAAGAAGUCUGAGAUUAUUACAUCUCCUGAAACACUUCGUCGUCAAAUUAAGAUAGAAACUCGCGGUAGGGCCUCCUCACCUACAAUCACAAUACCUAUAAAUGUCAAUCACGGUGCUAGUGGAUCGUUUAGAGAAUCCCUGGAAGCACAAGAAGAAGUUAGGAAAGUAGAGAAAAGGACAACUUAUACUCACAAAGAUGGAUCUAAUGCCACUAAGCUCAAAGUCCCAGAUACAGAAAGUUUUGAUGCUGUUGAAAUCAUCCGCAAGGUCGAAGUGCCUCACCUGUCAGGGCACACACAGAGAUACGAAGCAGCCGGCCGAACUGUUCAAAUGGCUGAAAAUUUCAUAAAUGGCCAUGAAAAUGAUAUAAACAGAUGGUUCAGGGAAUUUGAGGGUGGUCCUGUUUUUGAAGCAAUGUCAAAUAGAAGAGUUUAUGCAAAUGGAGAAGGAAACCAUAAUAUAAAACAAGAAAGUCGUGAAUUUUGUAAUGAGGAAUUUGGAUUAACAUCUUUAGAAAAUACAGGUUUUGAGAGCUUUUCUUGCAGACAUCCCAGAGAGCUGCAAGAAAAAAUUCCUUUUAAACAGCCCAAAGUAUGCUCUGAAACAAGGUCCUUAAGUGAGCAUUUCUCAGGCAUGGAUGCAUUCGAAAGUCAAGUUGUCAGGUCAAAGACAGCAGCCUCUUCAUCACGUAGUUCAGAAACCAGCAAACCAGGCUUUGACUUCAAGCAUGCCCCACCGACCUAUGAAGAUGUCAUCGCUGGCCAUAUUUUAGAUAUUUCUGAUUCACCUAAAGAACUCAAGGGGAAUUUUCAGAAGACAUGGCAGGAGAGUGGAAGAGUUUUUCAAAGCCUGGGAUAUGCAACCUCAGAUGCUUCUGCAACUGAGAUGAGAACCACCUUCCAAGAAGAAUCUGCAUUUAUAAAUGAAACUGCUGCUCCAAGACAAGGAAAUAUGUAUACUUUGUCAAAAGACAGUUUAUCCAAUGGAAUGUCUAGUAGCAGACAAGCAGAGUUUUCAUAA